AUGAAGUCGGAAAGGCAGAGAGACGAGAUCGCGAAAAGAGAAAAUACUAUCGCUUUUGAGAUGGAGGGCGCGGCAGUAUGGGAAACCUUCCCCUGCUUGGUGAUCAAAGGAGCUUGCGACUACGCAGAUAGCCGCAAGACAAAAUCGUUUCAGCGGUACGCGGCAGCAACAGCGGCAGCAUGCACAAGGGCGUUUUUGGAUAGUUUGGUGUCCUCGGAGAGG